AUGUCUAUGGUUCUCCCACCCAACUACUUCCCUACCCCCUCCCCUCCUCGAUACUCCUAUCUCCUACCCGAAGGCGAAGAGACAGUCGAGUUUACUCCGAGAGGGAAUGCACCGACAAAUGUUUUGGUGAACAUCACAAAGACGUGCAGUUUCCUGACAAUCAUUCUCAAAGACCAAAAUCCGGCCGAGGAAUGUCCCACUUAUGGCCGGGGCUCUACAAUUCAUGGUGAGAUCGGACUUAGAAGCAGCGCAUCUGUGCUGAGUGUCUCCAUAAAGCUGAAAGGCCGUCUUCGCGUAUCUAUAUCGGACUCGGGCUCAGCCACAAUUCCUGUGGUUUCGGAGAGUGCGGUGUUGUGGUCUCGGGACUCGGCGCAUAAGGACCUAUGUCCGAGCGUCCUCCCAUUCUCAAUUGCAUUCCCCACGACAUUCAAACACGGGGAUCGCGUUCGAUCUAUACCGCCCUCGUUCUCUGAAGCAUAUUACCAACUCCCCGCAAUUUCUGCACAAUGCUCGUAUAUCCUAAAAGUCACCAUCCACAACAGUUCGAAGAUGGCAUUUUGGAAGCCUUCGAGGUCUUAUUCCUUAUGGUUAAAUUAUCGACCGAGAACAAGACCGCAACGGCCGGUGUUCCACCUGGAUAGAUUUUUAGCGACUCUAAAACAGAUACCAGAGGAUUGGUUGGAACUAGAAUCUACCAUGCGCAUUCGCAGGACAGACAGUCCCGACUUGAAACCUAUCUCAUGUAGGUUCUUUUUCCCUUCUGUCGGAGCCUUCGGGCUCUCUGAUACCAUACCAUUUCACAUUCAGAUCUCUUCAAGCUUGGCGUCAUUACGGCUUCUGUUAUCACCAGAAAUCCCGAAUUCGGGAACAGAGCGACCCAGCGUUCGAGUAUUCAUAUCCCGACAAACGAUGGUAGAAGUCAAUACGCGAAAAUGUUGGAGAACGGCAACGUUGGUGGAGGGAAGAGUAAGAGCAAUUGCACCUCCAAUAUAUACCACUGCCGUUGAAGGGGCCGAUACGUAUGUUGACUGGGAAGGUGAAGUGCGAGUUGAAAAGGAUAUGGUGCAAUACGGAGGGUUCAAUAUUGGAACAGUGAUCGUCAAAGACUAUAUCGUUUUCGCAAUCACGCCCCCCAAUCCGCGAAGUUGUCCGCUAUUAGCCCACCAGCACUCAGUGCCUAUCAAGUUAGUGACAGACGUAUGGACGGACGGUUCGACGUCCCAUCCAUUGGAUACUUGA